AGGAAAUCUUUAGAGACCAUAUUCUUCACAGUUCUUUGCGACCUCAAAGAUAAUGGCAACACAAUUUCUGCAGGAGAUGGACAAUUUAAAUAUAAGUGACCCCAAAGAAAUGAUGAGUUUAGCUAUAAAGUGGGUACAGAAGACAUUUCCAAAUGUGGAAUCAGUUACCACAGGGACAUUGCAAUGCUGGAUGGAAGAGAAGCCAGAGGAAUUAAUCAUUCUCGACACCCGGAGUGCAGCUGAAUUUGAAGUCAGCCAUCUGCCAGGGGCAAUACUUAUUGACCCGCAGAGUGAUACACUGCAAGAAUUUCUGCAGAAACGGCUCCUUCCAGAGAGUAAAAAUAAAAAUAUCAUUUGCUAUUGCACUGUGGGAUACAGGUCUUCCAUGACUGCCCAGAGCAUGAAUGAGUUCUUGUCAAGUGAAGCCGGCCAAACCCCCCAAACUUCCCUGAAGGUUUAUAAUGCAGAAGGAGGACUGGUGAAAUGGGCCAGUGAAAGAAGGCUGAUGGUGGACAAGCAGGAGCAGCCCAUUCACAUCGUUCACCCCUACAGUGCAGCAUGGGCAAAACUACUGGAACCAGAGCUGCAAGCACAGAUCUAAAGCAUUUCUGCAAGUCUGAUCUUAACUGGGGCCUCUAGGUGAAAUACAAAUUAAUAAUAAGAAUAAGAAUUAAUGGGGGCCCCAACCUCAACUGUGUCUUGUAGGCAUAACCAUAAUGCUACUAAUAAUAGAGGAUUACAAUA